AUGAACACCACCGAAGCCAAAGCAAUGUCUAACCCACCACUUCCAGAUCCGUCACUUCCAACUCCAUCAUCAAGUCCUGUCCUUCAGAACAUCACAAACGACGCUCAGAAACCUCAUCCACAUCCCACCAAUACCACCGUACCAUCACAGCCAGCGCCAGAAACGUCUAUACCUCAACCCGCGACCAACCCACCAACAAGCCUCCCCCUCCCACCCCAAAUCCCCAGAAUCCGCACCCCAAUCGAACACCAAGCCAUGUUCGCAAGACCCCCUUCACUCGUUACUUACCCCGAAAGCACCAGCGGCGUUUCCAGUCUGACAUCUUCGCGCGCACCAUCUCCGUUUCCGCAGACCGGUUCGCAAGAACCCACCGUCGCGACGCGGUCUCCAGCAAACGGCUUCGCGCACCCGGCGAGCUUUCUGAAGGAUACCGAACCGACGGGGCCGCUUAGGAAGCGGAUCCGCAAGAAAGGUGCGAAUAGCAAGAAUGGCACGAGGGAGAGUACGUCGGGCGUGGAUGAGGUGCCUGAGUUGGAGGAAGAGGUGAGCGUGUAUGUGCCUACUGUGCGGGAGAUUGACGUGGCGAGGAGGAUGGACGAGAGGGAGAGGGAUCUUGAGGUGGUGUUGAGGGGGAGUGUGGUUUCGAGGAAGAGGGGUCUGAAUGAUGAUGAUGAUCCGCAGGAAUCACUUCGGCUGUUGAAGGUUGCGAAGAAAGUAUUUGCGAAAUCUGUGACCGAUCAACCAGUUCAACCACCCGUUGCGACUCAUCGACGCGAACUCUCUGGAUCUCACAGGCUCACACCUACGUUCCAGGAUCUAGCGUUGGGUCAUAUCAGAGUCCUCGCCGCGGACCAGGAGUUCGAAAUUGAGAAAUUCGGAGUCUUCGUAGCUCAGACGCCGAAUUGCUCGUUCUGUUUGUACGCCUGCAAUUACGGCAUAUCAAAUGCAAAAAUGUGCUUACCCGCGGACGCAUCUGGAGUAUUCUGCGAAACCUGCUACGCCUCCUGUGACAACUUUAGAGAAGCGACUUUUCGCAAACCACCACUCACUGACACCCCGUACAUUUACAAGGACUUCUGGAAGGAGCACUGUGCGGCUACUGGGAUACCACUGAAGGAAACCGUCAUCGAGCAAGGACUGAAGCAGAUCGCGAGGACUUACCAAUUGUCUAAACCCGCGCCACAUAAUACCACAAGUCAAAUUGAUAAGCAGGACAUUGAGCCCUUUCACGGUUUACACUUUUGUCGAGGGAAUCCUUGGACGCAGGUUGAUUUGAAGAAGGUCAUGAUUUGUAGGCCUUGUGUGGAGGAGAAGUUGACUAUUAUCAAGCACAGACAUACGCAAUUUAUUAGAAUUGAAGUGAGUCCAGAGAAAGAUGGGUUUGGGAAUGUAGUCUGGGAUCCGAAACAGAAGCAGUGUAUGGUUUGUCCUGGCUUGGCUACAGAAAAGUGCAAGAGUUGUCCGUUGCGAUUGUGUGAUGUUUGCGAGGUGUAUCUGAGACGUCUAGGGAAGGGUUGGCUUGAUAACCUGUUCUAUCACUACAACCGAUCCCAUCUCCGUAAUGAUGCUUUCAUUCUACGUGGCGACGGUGGUGGCUUUUGA